GCGCGAAGGUAUGGCCAUCUAAUUUUUCACAUAUAUUCAAGUUUUACUUUUUUCUCUAUAUUCAUACAAUUUUACAUCGUAAUUAUCAUAAUUCAACUUCUAAUUGUUGAUUUGUACACUAAUAAUUAAUUGAUAUCAAGUUCUCUAAAUAAUUAAGAAAAUCGAACGUGGCGUUAUCUCUCGGUUAACCGUCCAAGUUUUUCGCAAAAUAAUUCGUACACUAGUUUCGAUAAGAGUUUCGCAUCUCCAUAAUCGUAUAAAUAUCAAAUUUCCUAAUAUAAAUAUGUUAGCCAAUUGUUAUAAAAGUUUUCAUAUGCGGCAAAAUUGAUGUAAAUGAUUUUGUAUAUUCUAACCUCUAAAUGAUUUCUUCUGUUAACAUUGGAGUAUUUUUCGAGUGAUAUUGUAUAUAAAAAUUGCGAGAUAUGAACUUUACUUUAUCGGACACCGUAAAAUGAAUUUAUUUAUCGUAUCAACUAUAAGUUGUUUUUUAGAAUACAUUGUUCCAAUUUUAAUCAAAUAUGUUACGUCUCGCCUAUAUACAAUAACGAAGCAUGACAUGGAAUUGCGGGAUGAUUUGGUUAACCUAAAGCACGAAAUGCUCGGGAUAUCUAUAGUCGAUGAAUUUGCAAAAUAUGCAAAACUUCAACGUAAAUGUAAUAAAAUAGAAGGCAUUUUAAAAGAAACAGCAUAUAAGCGAUUAUCUUCCAGAAUGAAGAUACAACUGUUCAUAACUUAUGGGUUUCGUAUAUUAAACGGUUUGUUUGAAUUAAUUUUAUCUUAUCUCUACAAAAAUAAACCAGUGAUCAUUUUUCCAAAGGGUAUGCUUUGGCCGAUACAAAAUUUCCUAAGUUGGCCAUGUUCUCAAGAAGAUUCAAUUUCUUUAAUUGUUUGGCUUGUAAUUGCUAGAUUAGUUGUAUCCAUGUGCAGAAAAAUUGAUAUAACAUAAUACUGAUUAUUAAUAUUAAGAUGUACAUAAUCAACAAAGUGAAACUUCUUUAAAAGAUUUCCAAGGCAUAGGUAUCGCUAGACGAAUGGAAAUAUCUUGAAAAAUGUAUAUAAACUACCUUUUUCCAAAUACAAAAAUCAAAUAACUGUUAUAAUACUUGCUGUACAUAUAGCAGUAGUUAGAAUUUUAUAUCGUUUUUUAUAAGGGUAACAAUAAAUUUGAUGGAUAUAAUAGCAAAAAAGUGACUGUAUUUCGUAAAAGCUUGAGUAAAAUACAUAAUACAUAAUAGUGAAAUAUAUAUCUGCAUAUAAUUAUCGAUAAGUAAUAAUAAUUUUAUGUUUUAACAAAACCUUUUUAUAUAUGACAAUUGAUACAUCUAUAUUUUUCCUAUAUAACGUAGCAAACAACGUUUUAUCCACGCGUAGAGUAUUCAUGGAACAUCUAUUUUAGAAAGCUUAAAAGGAAUUGAUAAUUUUGUCUGUUAAUUUAAUUACAUUAGAUAAAUAUUCAUUUUAUUGUUUAAUUUAGCUUUUCUGUUACAUUGUUUGCCUUUUUGUUAACGGCAUUAUAAUUUGAUAUUGCGACACAUAUGAUACCCAAAUAUUACAUGUAUUAAUUGUAUUAUAGGAAAUUCUAUGACACGAAAAUUAAAUUAAUUUCGUUUGAAACCGAAAAACUGAACUAUCAACCUCUUUCCAAUACUGGACAAAGGACAAAAAUAGUAUCCAUAUAACACACUUUUAAUAAUAUAUUGAAAAAUCUGAAGAUUCGAAUAAAUUUGAGCACCAAUAACGAAUAAUAAUGUUGAAAUUAUUAUAAGGUAUAACAUAAAAUUGUUAUGAUUUACUUUAUCACAUUCAUAUAAAUAUCAACCAAACAUAUUUUAUACAUGACAUGUUACAAAAUAGCAGGUAAUGCUGUGACUGAAAAGCGAAAUGUGUUUGUUUAAUUUUUAGAUGAAACAAUGUCAAAAAUCGAUAAUAUAGACUUCCUUUUAAAAUUAAACAAUCAUUGUACACAUAAUAUAGUGACACGUUUAAUAUUCCAAAUUAAAUAGAUAUUAUUUAUGAACAGAAGUCAUAUAGUUGACACCUGUAAUCACUGUUAAUACAGUGAUGUUACGUUUGAAAUAUUUGAAAAUAAGAAAAUUUUUGUUACAAAUAUUAGUAAUGUAAUUAUCUUUCUAAAUGUUCAGUAUAUCAGCAUAUAAAUGCAACAAUGUCAUGUUUACGUUAACUUCAAUGUUAGUUAUGUUGAACUCGUACAUAACAUACAAAUGCUUAUACAUAAAAUAAAAUAAGUCAAGUUAUGUGAUUGUAUACAAAAUGAAACCAAUAGCAUACAAAAUAUUGAAACAAUAAAUAUUUUGCAAAACAUUGAUAAUAUCGAUAUUCUACAGUUUCUGUUCUUUUUGUUGAUAGUUUCAUUUUACUUUUAAUAGCAUACUUUUUUUUUUUAAAGUUAAUUGGUUACGUGUUUAAUAUUUUCUCGCUCUUCUAAUUUCGUUACAAACAUUGAUAUUAAAAUGAAAAGAAUUUAAAUAAAUUACUAUCA